AUGGCGCAAAAUGUUGAGGCAUGGACAUUGUUGUCCUUGGCUCUGUCCACAAUCGUCGUGCGUGUAUCUGUACGGUGGAAACUCGUGGGCCCGACAAAUUUUCAGCUCGAUGAUUAUCUUAUGCCAUUGGCGGGGGUUUUCUUCACUCUCGAAACAGUGGCAGCGUACCUUGUCGGUGCCAAUUUCAAUGGUCUGACCAACAGCUAUAUGACAUCUGAACAACGAGCAUCACUUAGCCCAGAUUCAGAAGAGUGGUCAAAUCGCGUCGCUGGGUCCAAAAUCCAGGUAAUUGGGUGGUCAUUAUACGUGGCUAUUCUAUGGCUGGUCAAGUUUGCCCUGACAGUCUUUUACUCGCGCUUGACGACUGGCCUCCAACACCUCCCCACCCGAAUUCGACUCGCAUAUAUUAUCCUUGGUGUGACAUGGGUUGCAACAGAACUGUCCAUUCUUUUGUCUUGCCAGCCCUUCCAUGCGUUCUGGCAAAUAUACCCUGAUCCCGGAAACUUUUGCCAGCCAGCGAACUCUCGCAUAUAUGUUUUCGUCGUCGUGGUUCUCAACGUCGUCACAGACAUUUAUCUGCUCUCUAUCCCUCUUCCCCUGCUUUGGCAGGUCAAGAUCGGUCUGAAAAGGAAAAUUCCUCUCAUGGCCCUGUUCUCCGGCGCUAUGUUCGUUAUCACGGCAGCAAUCAUUCGGGCUGUUAUGAUUACGACUUCUGGUGCUGAAGGUGCCGUAUCCGGUUCUAAAUGGGCCUGUCGCGAAACCUUCGUUUCGGUCGUGGUAUCCAACCUACCCAUCAUCCAACCACUGAUCCGCAAGGGUUUCAAGAAGAUUGGUCUUUCCCAACUCUUCAGCUCCUCUGGCAAACCCACAGGGCAGUCAUACCCACUUUCCAGCCGUGGUCUACAAACUUUGGCCAGUCGAGCUGAGCGCAAUACCAAAAAGAGCAAGAGUAUCACAGCACCAACGCAUACGCAGGUUUCAGCAUGGGGUAGUGAUGAACAUAUUCUCACUGAGCCCGAACCUACCUCCAAAGAUAUCACUGUCGUCUCGGAGACUAUUGUGCGCAGUGAACCCUGGGCCACGGAGGAAGGACAGGGCACGGAUCACACAGCGACAUCACCCAAAGAAUGGGAGGGUCGAUUAUCAGGACGAUGA